AACCAAGAAGGAUGGAAGCCCAAGCAUGACAUUUGAAGCUGCAGAGCCAGAAACCAAGAAGGAUGGAAGCCCAAGCAUGACAUUUGAAGCUGCAGAACCAGAAACCAAGAAGGAUGGAAGCCCAAGCAUGACAUUUGAAGCUGCAGAACCAGAAACCAAGAAGGAUGGAAUCCCAAACAUGACAUUUGAAGCUCCUCUACAGCCAGCCAAUGCAUCCAUAUAUCUUUCACAAUCAGGUCUUUCCGAUUUUGAUGAGAGUUUGGAUUUAAGACCUCAGUGCUUGGCAACUUCUACACCAAUGGUGGGCAUUAAACUGUUCCCCUCUGAGACAAAGAGAGAGGCAGGCCACAUCCCAACAGCGCAGAAAAAACUUUAUGGGAAAACACCUAUAGAGCUGUCAAACACCAUCAAACCGUCAAACAUCAUUGGUGAUCGUAAAACAUUCUUCAAGCAGCCCACAGCUAAAAUCCCCUACCCUGCCUCCAAAAUUGCCUCAGAGUUGUUGAAACGUAAUCCACCAGCGGCGGCAACAGGCCUGCUGGUGAAACGACAGAGACCCGAUGGGGAGGCUGCGAAAAGUUCUGCUGCUCCAAAGGAACAGGAGAAAAACUCAAGUUCGUACAACCUGCGAUCUUUAGCCUCCAAGCUGCUGCCCCCCUCUGGCUUGCAGAGACCUCAGGUGAGCGGCAUUCCCGUUGGCUUGCCAAGGGCUACACUGAGUCUGAGAGCAGCUCCCUGCUCCAGCACAGAGAAACCAAGUGGACCUGCAGCUGCCAACUCUGUCACGAAGAUGGCACCAGGAAAGAGGCAUCCUUUGGCUAAAGGAGACGCUUUGCCUGUGUCAAAGAGGAAGAAAACGGAUGCCAGCACAACUGAAGCUCCCGCAUCCGUCGGCGCCGCCACCAGCGGGGUAAAACCAGGGAAACAGCCAACAGCCAGCCACAGAUCUGCCCCUGAUGAAUCCUCCAGAACUGAUGCUGCAGCUGCUAAAACAGCAGCAUCAUAUGAUAUCAGCAGGGGGAAGGGCUUAAAACUGCCGGCUGCCAAUCCCAGAGCUAACCAUGUUAAACCGCAAAGCCAGGGUUGUGCCAAAUGUGAACAUCUGUUGCAAGAAGUAGAAAGGUUAAAGGAAGUGCUUCGCAAGCAUAAAAUACCACUGAACGGCUGAAGAUUUCCAUAGUUUUAAAAAAAUAAUUAAAGUUCUUAAACUUUCUGUUGCUUUUGAUUAAAUGUGGAUUUAUAAAAUAAACGAAUAUAUUUCUAUGAUUAACUGAAA